AUGAACGUUUUUCAACUCCUGAUGAAAAAGAAAGAACUUAUUCCUUUAGCCCUGAUUAUGACCUUCGCGGCGAGUGGAGCCUCAUCUUUUGCUGUAUAUUCACUUAAAAAAACUGAUGUGAUUGUUGAUCGAAAAGGAAAUCCUGAACCUUGGGACGCUGUGGAUCCUACUGUACCUCAAAAG